ACGAUACGGCGUCUGUUUCAAAAAAGCACUAUAUAAGGCCCCUCACGCGCCUAGUCAUCGGAGUCCUCGCUUUUUUGCUGAUUCUGUCUCACUCUGUUAGUCGAAGCAGGGAAAGCAGCUGCCUUUGUCGGCCGAUCGGGAACAUUACGAAGGGAACUGCUCGCGGAGAAGGGUCAAAUGCUCCCAUCAGAUGUGUGUCCGACUGAGGAUGCUCUCAGAGCACUUCUUGAGCAGUUGGUCGACCCAUUGGUGCCUGCCAAACCUUCUAACCGUGACAUUCCCUCACCCCUCCAGCAACAAAAGCUUGCAAAACAGGUGCAUGCGGUUGUCAUUCUGUACAACUACUAUCACAGGAAACAAUGUCCAGAGCUGGAAUUCCUACGUUUGCUGCAAUUCUGCAAGUUGGUUGUGAUUUUGAGGCCAGCUCUGUUGGCAUAUAUGGAUUGCAUGAAAAUAUCAGAUGGUUCUGUGUCCCAUGACCCGGAAAAACAGCUCUCAUUGACUGAAAAAACAAUCAUGGAUGCAUGUGAUAUAUGUUUCAGUCUGGAUGCUUCAAAAGAAACUCCAAGCAUAGAAGGCUGGCCAGUUUCAAAGGUCACAGUUCUCUUAGUUGAUUCUCAAAAGGAGAAUUGUUGGUUGGUAUUUGGAUCUCUCACUGAGGGUGUAUGGUGUAUGAUUGAAAAGAAUGUUGAUGAAUCCAGUCAAAAUGCUGAAAGUACAGUCAAGAGGAAAAGAAUCACUAAAAGGCCCUUAAGGGAUGAUCCUGGUGUUGAUGAAGAUGCACUUCAGCGCCUUGCAUUCUUGGCAGUUAAGGAAGCAGCAGGCAUUGAUAUGCUGGAUCUUUUAAUUUUAGAAAGUCAUGUUGUGUAUUCUUUGAGUAAAGAAAAAUCAGCAUGUCGUUUCUACAUAAUGCAGUGCAACAAACCUCCAAAUGCCAAGGUUUCUCCAUUUCCUGUUAAAGACAUUAUUGACAGAUUGCAGGGCCCCUUAAUUACUGGGAGUGCAAACAAUUGGUUUCCAACCUCAGUUGUUGAAAAUUUUCAUCUGCUUCCUUAUGUUGGAAUUUUGUGGGCUUGGUUUUCCCGGAAAGGAUCCCCAGACAGCUCACAAAGUGUGAAGGCCAAUUUAGGAACUGUAAAUUUCAAACAAGCAGAUUCAGAAGUAGAGAUGAAAGCAAGCAUUAAAAGAUCCCAUGAAAGUGGUACAAUAGAAGGUACUGGCAAGAAGGCUAACAGUUUUGAUACUGCAGUCCCCAGGAAAAACAAUGAAGGAAACUGCAUCAAAGGUCAGUCUUGUGAUCUUUCUGUGGUGCAAGAUAUGGAUGUACAUGUUGUUUCACUGCCAACUGAAGAUAAACGCACUGAGGUUUCACGUGUCAUCCAAGUAAAGUCACUCCAAGAAAAGAAGAUCUACAGCAUAGAUAGGGCUCUACUUGGGCGCGACAGUGUUAGCAAACAGGGAUUGCAGGGUGAGUCGGUGCAAUCUGUUUUGCAGAAUGUGAUUCCUGAAGUAAAUGGUGAAAAGAAUGCUGUUGGAAAAAGCAUAUGCCACUCAACCUCAGUCAACGACGAGAGGAUCCCCACUGAAGACCGUGCUUUAUUUAUUCACCGGGGUCAUUCUGAUGCUUUUGAUAAAGUUCAUGCUGUGCUAGCCUCUCGAGAGAGUGAUUUGUCCAAAACUGCUCUGGCCAUUCUUCUCAAGAAAAGGGCUGAUCUGUCUCUUCAGCUACGGAAGAUGGAAGAUGAGAUUGCUUUGUGCGACAAAAAUAUUCAUAUAAUUCAGAAUGGUGGUGAAGAUGCUCUAGCAGUGAAACUAGAAUGUGUCAUUGAUGCUUCCUGCAAUGCUCAGCUAGCAAGUCUUAAUCACGAGAAUUCUCACUUGACUCCAUAUGCCAACUGCAAGGCCUUGUCCAAGGUUACCCAGAUGGAGAAGAAUUGCUGUCAAGAAUUGGAUGAUAUAUGUACUGCAAACAAGUGGAUAUUGCCCAGUUAUUGUGUAUCUCCAUGUGAUGCAGGCAGGUUCAUUGCUACUGUGACCGUGAAAUGCACUGAAUUCGAGAUCUCAACUACUGGAGACCCACGACAUGCCCCAUAUGAUGCAAGAGAAUCAGCUGCAGAUCGCAUGCUGGGCAAGCUGAUGGAAGUAUAGGGGAGUCUUAGUUGCAUAUGUGACCAUUGACGUAAAGUGACACAGGAAACAUAUGUGCAGGCUAUUAUCCUUUUGUAUAUCACCGCAUAGUAUAUCAUAGGCAAAACUGCACCUAGUUCUGAUUGCUACGCGGAUUUCAUGGGACACAAGCGGUCGAUGUUUCUGGUACAGAACCUGUUUUGGGGCUUUUGAUCGGAGCUAUGCUGACCUGAGAUGCUAUAGAAAGAAAUGUACAGCAAGGAUGCUACUCAAAACCUAUAGAUUCUUUUGACUUAUGUUAGUAGACGCUCAAUCGAUGAAUCCUAUUGCGAGUUCAAUUAUAUAUCUUUGAAUCA